CGGUCUCUUAUCCCUGGUCAGGGGGGAGCCCCGCACAGAGGAUGGAGACGCCCCCAGCGCCGCCAGUUCCCCGACUCCAGGACCCGAGCCCAGCAGAGGGGCGCGCUGCCCAGGGGACGGCGGGGCCCGAGCCACGGAGGAGGAAAGAGCAGGAAGCCAGGAAGGCAGGAGGGCCUCCGAUCCGGCCUCGGAUUCCAGCGCCGAGCCCAGGCCCCGGGAGCCUUGUUCAGGAGAGGAAAGCAGGGAGACAGGGGAAGGGGUGCACGGAGCAGCCGGGAGAGGAGACGCCGGCCCCGGGCCACGCUGCCUGGCGCCCCUUCGGAGGCCCCUGCUCAGUCAGUCCGGCAAGGACCCAGAGGAAGAAGACAGUGAGGAGGAGGAGGGCCCUGCUGACAGGGCAGCUGAGGAGGAGGGAGGAGCUGAGGCUUCCUCUCCCACCCGUGCAACAAGUGCCUUGGUGAGGGCCUGGGUGUGUCGGCCAGGAGAGGACACGGAAGAUGACAGCGACGAGGGAUCAGCUGAGGAGGAUGGAGAAGCUGAGGAGUGGGGAGAAGCUGAGGUUUCCUCUCCCACCUGUGCAACAAGUGCCUUCGUGAGGGCCUGGGUGUGUCGGCCAGGAGAGGACACGGAAGAUGACAGCGACGAGGGAUCAGCUGAGGAGGAGGGAGGAGCUGAGGAGUGGGGAGAAGCUGAGGUUUCCUCUCCCACCCAUGCAACAAGUGCCUUCAUGAGGGCCUGGGUGUAUCGGCCAGGAGAGGACACAGACGAUGACAGCGACGAGGGAUCAGCUGAGGAGGAUGGAGAAGCUGAGCCCCCUGCCUUCCGAGUGGCCGUCUACCUACCUGGAGAGAAGCCACCCCCUCCGUGGGCUCCUCCUAAGCUGCCCGUCCGGCUGCGAAGGCGGCUCAAGGUCUCAGAGGCCCCGGCCCGCGGUCCGGACCCUGAGACUCCCCUGGCCAGAAAGGUGCGCUUCUCUGACAAGGUCACCGUCCAUCUCCUGGCUGUGUGGGCGGGGCCGGCCCAGGCUGCCCGCAAGGGCCCUUGGGAGCAGUUCGCCAGGGAUCGGAGCCGCUUUGCCCGCCGCAUCGCCCGGGCCCAGGAGGAGCUGGGCCCCUGCCUCAGCCCUGCAGCCCGGGCCAGAGCCUGGGCGCGCCUCAGGAACCCACCCUCCUCCCUGGGCCCCAUCCUCGCCCCCGCCCACACGUUGCCUUCCUCCCCCGCCUCUCCCAAGUCCCCAGUCCAAGCCAUGGCCCUGUGCCAAGCCGUGGCCACACCCUCUCCCUCCCCGCCUACUGAAACCCCAUCUCCCUGCCUGGGCCUCAGUGGGAGGCGUGGCUAAGACCAAGUUUGUUUGUGUGUUAUUUAUUCAUCAUUUUCUUAAGUAUUUAUUUAUGCAAAAAUAAAGCCUUUGGAUUUGUAGCAAGCAA